CCCACGAGUUGCGGAAGCCCGGGUAUCCCAGAUUCUUUUAGAAAAAGCGGAGCUUUCCAGAGAAUGGGUCAGAAAGAGUUACGUGGAGCGUGGGCGUUUCGCGGACUCCUAAGCUCCUGGCAAGGAUGAGGCAAGGAUUUCACAGAAGAGCUGGCAUCAAAAAACCUCCGUGCCAUAGCUGUGGGCUAUCAAGUCUUGAAGGAUCUGCAGGAAGGAGAGAAAGAGACCUUCAGAGAAGUCAUGGCUCCCGGGGAAGAGAACCCGAAGAGUACAAACAGAGUGCUACGAAUAAGUCAGUUGGAUGCGCUUGAGCUAAACAAGGCCCUGGAGCAGCUAGUGUGGUCCCAGUUUUCUCAGUGCUUUCAUGGGUUUAAGCCAGGCCUGUUAGCCCGCUUUGAACCAGAAGUGAAAGCAUUCUUGUGGCUUUUCUUGUGGCGAUUCACCAUCUACUCCAAAAAUGCCACUGUGGGGCAGUCAGUUUUGAACAUUCAGUACAAAAACGAUUUUUCCUCGAACCUGAGGUAUCAGCCACCAAGUAAAAACCAAAAGCUCUGGUAUGCUGUUUGUACAAUUGGUGGGAGGUGGUUAGAAGAACGAUGCUAUGAUUUGUUUCGAAACCAUCAUUUAGCAUCAUUUGGGAAACUUAAGCAGUGUGUGAAUUUGGUGGUUGGAAUCUUGAAAUUAGGUGGGUUGAUUAAUUUUUUAAUUUUUCUUCAAAGAGGAAAGUUUGCAACUUUGACAGAACGUCUCCUAGGCAUUCAUUCUGUAUUUUGCAAGCCCCAAAACAUACGUGAAGUCGGCUUUGAGUAUAUGAAUAGGGAACUUCUCUGGCAUGGUUUUGCUGAGUUUCUGAUUUUUCUCUUACCACUUAUCAAUAUCCAGAAGUUGAAAGCCAAGUUAUCUUCAUGGUGUAUCCCUCUUACUAGUGCCCCAAAUAGUGACAAUACAUUAGCUACCAGUGGCAAAGAAUGUUCUCUAUGCGGAGAGUGGCCCACCAUGCCUCACACCAUAGGGUGUGAACAUAUCUUCUGUUACUACUGUGCUAAGAGUAGUUUCUUAUUUGACAUGUAUUUUACGUGCCCUAAGUGUGGCACAGAGGUACACAGUGUACAGCCACUGAAAUCAGGAAUUGAGAUGGCAGAAGUGAAUGCUCUUUAAAAACUAAAAUUGUUUCCCGAAGAAAAUUUUUCAUGCUUAAAUCAUUAAUAUUAUUCAUCCUAAGUAUACCUUUUAGGUGACUUUUAUAAGGCAUGUGCUUCUCAGCCACUGUCUUCUGUCCCAUUCUAGGCAUGACUA